CUGAACGGAUCCCGUGGUUAUCACGUCGUCCGGGGGGGCUUGUCGGGCUGCCACGCGGCCCCCCGGAAUGAAGGUUUCUCUUCUUUUAACGAUUUCCAAAAAGGAGGCGAUGGCGGAGCACGGGGCCCACGUGGCCUCGGCCUCGGCCGGCGACGACGACAGGCCGUCCAUCUUCGAGGUGGUGGCCCAGGACAGCUUGAUGACGGCGGUGAGACCGGCGCUUCAACACGUGGCCAAGGUGGUGGCCGAAUCCGACCCGGCCCGCUACGGCUUCCUCUGGCGGUGGUUCGACGAGCUCUUCGCCCUCCUGGACCUCCUGCUCCAGCGGCGCUACCUGUCCCGGGCCGGCGGCUCCUUCUCGGAGAACUUCUACGGGCUGAAGAGGGUGGCGACGGGCGCGGGGCCGGGCCGGCCGGCCGGCGGCCCCGGCCUCCCCCGGGAGCAGCUGCGGAGGUCGCUCCUGCUCCUGGUCCUCCUCCCCUACGCGCGCCUGAAGCUGGAGAAGCUGGCGUCCGGCCUCAGGGACGAGGACGACUACUCCAUCCGGCCGGCCGCGUCCCGCCGCAAGCGGCUGAGCCGGGCCUUCCUGGCGGCCUAUCCCUUCGCCCACCUGGCCUGGGAGGGCUGGUUCCUCGGCCAGCAGCUGUGCUACACGCUGGGGUGGGCCGAGCGCCACUCGCCGCUGCUGGGCCUCGCCGGGGUGCGGCUGGCGCGGCUGACCCCCGAGGACGUCCGGGCCGCGGACCCCCCGGCGCCGGGCCGGCCGCCGCCCCGCAGCGCCCGGGACAAGCUGCUGCGGGGCCUGCGGCGGGCGGCGGGCGCGGCGGGCAGCUCCCUGUCGGCGGGCCUCUCCGCGGCCGUCUUCUUCCUCCAGUUCCUGGACUGGUGGUACGCGGCCGACGACCAGGACGCCGUCAAGGCGCUGACGGCGCCGCCCGCCCCGCCGCCCCCCGUCCACCUGGACCACCCCGCCGACGCCCCGCUGCUGCCCAAGCUGAAGACCGCCUGCCCGCUCUGCCACAAGGUCCGGGUCAACGCCACGGCCCUGGCCACCUCCGGCUACGUCUUCUGCUAUCGCUGCGUCUACCCGUACGUGCGCAAUCACCGCGCCUGCCCCGUCACCGGCUACGCCACCGAGGUGCAGCACCUGGUCAAGCUGUACGCCCCGGACGGCUGAAGGCGACGCCCGGACGGAAACGGGGACCCCGGGAACCCCCGACCCGGCCGCCCUAGAACGCGAAACCUUUCCCGGACCGCGGUAAGUGGCCGAACCGCUCCUUGAGGGCGCCGUGCCGAGCGCCGGCGGGGCCCGGCGGGGAGGUCGGCGGGCCAGACCCGGUCCCCGGGCCGUCCGUGAAUAACUGCGGUAAUAAUAGCGGUCGUCAAUAACC